ACAAGAGGCCAGGCUAGCCGUUUCCCCCUGAUUCCAGUCUUUAUGCUAAGCUAAACUAAGCGGCUGCGGGCAGCAGAUUUCCAUCAAACAGGCUGGUGUCAAUCCUCUCAUCGAACUCUCGCCAAGAAUAAGUGUUGGUGCUGUUGCCAUGGCGAGGCCUGGGCGCCCCGCGUCUGAGAGCUACCAGCAGGUGUGCUGUUCAGUCAGUCAGUCGGUGUCCUACUCCAGUGAGGCUGGGAUUGUGGGACGGGAGGAUGAGGAUGAUAAGGCGCCUAUUUUCUCCCUUUCUAAGAGCUCCAUGGAUGUAGUUAUGGCGACGGGUCCGCCGCACAAGCGGGACCCGGCCUGGACCAGAAUGGACCUGAGACGCAGCUCCAGCACCAACACACACUCUGAGCAGAGCUCGAUGACGCUCCAAAAGCUGCACCCUCACAUGUGGCAGCACGUCAGCACCCCCAACAGCCACCAGUUGUCGCUCACAACUCAAAACGUGGACGUGCACAGUCGGAUUGCCAACAUGCAGCGCUGGAGCGGGUGUAGCGGCAGCACACACAGCCGCAGCAGCACCCCAGACACGAUUGUAUGGAAAGGAAGGAACUCACGCCCCUCGAGUCUAAGCCAGGAAGUCCAUUGCCCCGUUGAACCGGACUCUCCUAUGUCCAAACUAGCCUCUCCAACCACACCCUCCCCGUCCAUCUCCCCACUCCAAACACCUACUUUACCACCUGUAGAUCUUUUAACCCCUGCUUCGCCACUAACACUGAUCACAAAUCAGCAAGAAGACUUACUUGUGUCCUCGCCUGCACCCUCACCACUACCUUCACCCUUGCCGGCUCCCACCUCCUCACCCUUGCCAUCUAACUCCCCCGAUCCCCUCCAGCUCACCAGCACAGAGGACGAGGGCUUCCUGGAGAAUAAUUUGCUUUCUUUUCAAUUCCCCUCACCGAUCGCGUCCUCUGUUAGUUUAGCUGAAGCAAAUGCGUCGUCAGAUGUUGGAAGCCUUGUUGACGACAUGAUAGAGGAGCUGCAUGAUGCUGAAGACUUGCAGUUACCAGAGGGUGGAGGAGUGAGAAGCCCGGAGCAAACGUUUAGCGCCCUGACGCCUCCUUCUCCAGGAGAGAGGCAAGAAUCAGGAAGAGAAGGAGCCUUAGUCUGCCACCUUGAGCUGCCAUGGCAGCCAGGGCAAAGCUUUCCAGCAGGAAGAACUUGGAGGUCACCCCUGGUCUCUUCUUUAAGCGACUCGCGGUUGGGCGACUGCUGCAGGUGCAACUUGAACUCCAGAGAAGGCAUCACAAAGGCUCCAAACGUUGAGGUGUGCAGGGAGGAGGGUACAAUGACUUCACAGCUGGAAAUGGUAGACGCAGAAGUGCAGACAGUCUCUCCUAUCAGCUCCUGGUGGGACCUCAGGAGGAACAUGUCCACCACGGGCUCACACUCCAUCUUGGGCUCGCCUCCUGGAUCAAGGCUCAACUUGAAAUCCUCAGUGGGGUCAAACUCCAAUCUGGUGUCCCCGUCUUCCAGCAUGUUCCCAAUCAGCAGCGGGGAGGAGGAGGAGAAACAGGGAGACGACCCAAUGUGGGACAUUAACUCUGCCUCUUCACACGACCUGGAGAGGAGGAGGUCCUGUCUGAAGAUCCAGGGGGAGGAUAGGGACGAGCUGGGGAGGAGGAGCAGCAUGAAGCAGGUGCAGUGGGACGAGGAAGGGAUGACGUGGGAGGUUCAUGGAGCGUCAUUGGACCCAGAGGUGCUGAGCACUGCCAUAAAGAAACACCUGGAGCUCCAGAACAGCCCCCGACCACCGAGACGUUCCUCGAAGAAGAAGAAAGCUCCAAAGCCUCCUCUCAUAUCAAAUGUAGUAAAGGCCAUGACCCCUGAACUGAAUCCACCUGUGCCGGUUAUUACGCCGACUUGUGUGGCGGAGGGUGAGAGUGAGGAGACGUCGGAGGAAGGGAGGGAGGUGGAGGAAGAAGUAGGAGGCAAAAAGGAGGAAACAGUAGAAGCUGCUCGUCGGAUAAGCAGAGCAGAGGGAGAAGACGCAAAAGUAGAAAAAGAAGAGGAGGAGGUGUACGGAGAGGAAGGCCCCAGCCAUCCUAAGUCACCUUCGCAUGGGAGUGGUCACAGCCGAAAGAAGAGUGUGAUCAGGUCACUGAGGCGGACUGGGUGGUGUGGAGGCUCCAGAAAGGCAGUUGACUGAUCCUGGAGACUAAUCUUACUGAAUUCCUUUGAGUAUCCAUGGCUGAUCAGUCCUCAGUUUCAGACAAUGCACGACCGACAAACUCUUUCAUGUGGUUUCAUCCUGCUGUUAUUGGGACUUUAUUUCCACCAUUUAGUUAAAAGCUGGAGAAGCAAUGUUAGAAAACGUGUCCCUCCGCUCACUAGGAUCCACUGUUUAGGGAUGGGUAGAUGCAUUUCUAGUGAGGUUUUCAUGAAAGUCCAGAGUUACCAGUGAAUUAGCAAGACAUCUACCAAUACAUUUGUUCAUGUAGAUGUUCAAUAAAAAACAAAAUUUUGCUUUGUA